AAUGGAACUAGUUUUAAUGUAAUAGUUCAAAAUGAAACUCAAGUUGAAAUUUCGUUCACAAGAACAUGGAAUUCCUCGGUUUCAUCAUCUUCUUCACAUAUAUCAGACAAAAACAACAGCACAGACUGGGCUCCCCUCAACUUUGACAUAAGAUAUGUAAUGUUAAAAGGUUCGUCAGGAUUCUAUACAUAUGGAAUCUAUGAGCACGUAAAUGGAAUGCCAGGUUUCAAUCUUAAUGGAACUAGGGUCGCCUUCAGGCUUCGUAAAGACAAGUUUCAAUUUAUGGCUAAAAGUAAGACACGACAAAGACGAAUGCCACUGCCAGAGGAUCGCGAACCACCAAGAGGCAAAUUACUACAUUUCAAAGAAGCAGCUCUUCUUGUAGACCCUGUUGACCGAGAACUAAAAGGCCAAGUGGAUGACAAGUACAUGUAUGCACAAAAUAUUGAAGGCAUAAAGGUUCACGGGUGGGUUAGCUCUGACCCUUUAGUAGGUUUCUGGCAUAUCACACCGAGCCAUGAAUAUCGAAGUGGUGGUCCUCUAAAGCAGGAACUCACCUCACAUGUUGGUCCUCGUUCUCUCACUGUGUUUCAUAGUUCCCACUAUAUGGGCCAGCAUAAGUUACCCAUUUUUGGAAAUGGAGAACCUUGGAAAAAAGUGUAUGGUCCAGUGUUCAUAUAUCACUACAAAACAAUGUAUCUUAAUAGCGCUCCACCCAGUACAAAUGAAAGCGCAUUGUGGGACGACGCCAAUGAACAGCUGCAACAAGAAGCCCAGAAAUGGCCAUAUAGUUUCAUAGCUUCAACCGACUAUCCUAAAUCUGAUCAAAGAGGCACAGUAAAUGGAAGAAUACUUGUCCGUGACAGGUUUGCAAGCAAGGAAGAUAUACCUGCAAUAGAUUCUUACGUUGGGUUAGCUUUACCAGGAGAAGUUGGGUCCUGGCAGACGGAGUGCAAGGGGUAUCAAUUUUGGAGUAGAGCAGGUCCUGAUGGUUCAUUCACAAUUAAGAAUGUACAUUCUGGAGAUUACAAUCUAUAUGCAUGGGUUCCGCACUGCUUUACUUAUGUUCAUCCAUAUGCUAUUAAAACAGGAGAUUCCAUUGAAUUGGAUGAUGAUCUUGUUUAUGAGCCUCCAAGAAAUGGUACUACAUUGUGGGAGAUAGGCAUUCCUGACAGAACAGCAGCAGAGUUUUUCAUCCCAUAUGUUGACCCUAAAUAUGUUAAUCCACUAUACUUGACGCAAGACAGGUUUAGACAGUAUGGAUUGUGGGAGCAGUACAGUGUUUUAUAUUCAAGAACAGACCUUGUUUACACAGUAAACAGCAGCAAUUACAAGAAAGAUUGGUUCUACGCGCAAGUUAAUCGGAAGUUGGGAGAUGAUAAGUACAACUCAACAACGUGGCAGAUAAAGUUCAACCUAGAUAGUGUUGUUCAGGGCACGAUUUAUAAGUUGCGAGUGGCACUUGCAUCCACAACUGGAGCAGAAUUGCAAAUUCGAUUCAACAAUUUGAAUACAGAAAUUCCUCAUUUCACAACUGGAGGACUGUACAGGGAUAAUGCCAUUGCAAGACAUGGAAUUCAUGGCUUGUAUCUGUUGUUUAAUGUUGAUGUAAAGAGUGAUUGGCUCAAAGAUGGCGAAAAUACCAUUUUUCUUUCACAAGUUAGAGGUGAAGGUCCGUUUCAAGGUAUAAUGUAUGACUAUAUACGUCUCGAAGCACCAGCGGACGAUGAAAGAACAAAUGCGUAA